CAUCGAGUGGCGGAACCCCUCCUCCUCCGCAUCCCUAAGGCGCCGCGGAAAUCUCCUAUCUUGCCGUCGCCGGUCGCCGGUCGCUCCGUCUUCAGCCGGAGAGCGUCUUCUGUAAUUUACAAGCUGAAAAUCUGGUAGUAGUUAGUCGAUAUGGCUCUGCAAGAAAAACUGGAGAGAUUCAAGAAGCAGCAAGAGAUGUGCCAAUCUACACUGAUCAGCAUAGCUUCCAAGGCAGGGUCAUCUAGGGGAUCAGCAAUUCAAAAGGCUGCACCUACAAUACAGUCAGCCAGUUCAAAGCCUCCUGCUCCGGCUGUGAAAUUUUCAAAUGAUACCGAAAGACUUCAACACAUUCACAACAUAAGAAAAGCUCCUGUUGGAGCUCAGAUCAAGCGUGUUAUAAAAUUGUUGUUCGAGACAAGGCGAGAAUAUACACCUGAGCAGAUAAAUGAGGCAUGCUUUGUGGAUGUGAAGGCUAACAAGGCUGUCUUUGAAAGUUUGAGAAAUAACCUAAAAGUGAAAUAUGAUGGGAAUUUCUUCUCUUAUAAGUCCAAGCAUGCUGUUAGAGACAAAGAUCAAUUGCUUUUCCUAAUACGUAAAUGUCUAGAGGGAAUUGCUGUGAUUGAUCUUAAGGAUGCAUACCCCAAUGUUAUGGAGGACCUACAGGCCCUGAAAGCUUCUGGAAAGAUAUGGCUGCUAUCGAACUUUGAUUCACAGGAGGACAUAGCCUAUCCAAAUGAUCCCCGAUUAACCAUAAAGGUUGACGAUGACUUAAAAGAACUAUUCAGAGGAAUUGAACUUCCUCAUGACAUGAUUGACAUUGAGAAGGAUCUUCAAAAGAAUGGGAUGAAGCCUGCUACAAACACCACAAAGAGGAGGGCUAUGGCUCAAGUCAAUGGAAUGUCGUCUAAGCCAAAAACAAAGAAGAAGCACGAAAUUAGUAAGAGGACUAAAAUUACUAAUGUUCAUCUUCCUGAGCUAUUCAAACACUUCAAUGUCCCGGGCUCUUGAUGACUGUGGCAAGGUUAUUUAGAUGGAUUUGACAUAUGGUUAGGUAAUAAUAAUAAGGGCUAAUAGGGAUAAUAGACAUAAUGCUCCAUAUACAUUUAACUAAGUUUUAAAUAUCUCUAU